AUGUUAUCGUCUAUUCCCACUAGAUUGUUUGCACGAAGGUCGCGAAGCCUGUCACCGUGCAGGCGCGUCCUCCAGACUAGUUCGACCGCCUCUGCGUGUCAGCCCAUAAUCAGAGAGCCGCCGGUGGAUAACAACCGCAACCCGAUCGUGUCCACCUCCCGGGUGUCAAGACGGGGGAUUUUGGCUGAUGACACCGCUGCUAACAGCGUCAACCAGUCGGUGCAGUAUCACCACCUCGCCCCUAGAUGGCUGUCAAGCCUGGAGAAUCGUCGAAGCUCUUGGGCCGCGCUGGCCAGCAGAGGGCGCAACAACAACAUGUACUGGGAGGACGCUGAUCAGCGAGCCGGAGGCGAGGAUGGGGGUUCGAGUGGAGGCGCCAGCCCGCUGAAACUGGCCUCCGCUGGUCUACUGUCUGCUGCUGCUGUGGCCUUCUGCUUGAAGAAAGACUCUGAUGACAAAGGUGAUGCACUUUUGGAGGCAGCAAGAACCAAUAACCCCCAAGAUGUGGCCAGACUGUUGCAGGAAGGGGUGGACCCAAAUCACCGACACCGUCUUGGUUGGACCCCACUUAUGGUGGCUGCCAUUAACCGUCACCACAGUGUGGUGAAGGUUCUGCUCGAAGCUGGUGCUGACCCAAAUGCUGGAGAUGACUUCAACAACGUUUAUGACACUUCAAGGGAGAGAGGCAUCCACUCACUGGAAGUGCUGGUGUCCAGAGAGGACGAGUUCAGCAGCCGGCUCAGCAGCAGGGCUGGUUUCCGUGGCUGCUCAGCACUUCACUACGCUACACUCGCUGAUGACCUGGGCAUAGUCAGCAUGCUUCUCCAAUUUGGUGCCAAUCCUCUGCAGGCCAACGGUUUGGGACACACUGCACGAGCCUAUGGCAAAGAUGGAGAAGUCAGCACACUACUGCAGGAGUGGGAGGGCAAGUUCAAGGAGGCGCAGGCUCGACGGGAGGCGGAGGAGAGAAGGAGGUUCCCCCUGGAGAGGAGGCUGAAGGAGCACAUCAUCGGGCAGGAGGGGGCCAUCAAUACCGUGGCUUCAGCCAUCCGAAGGAAGGAGAAUGGUUGGUACGAUGAAGAGCACCCGCUCGUGUUCCUCUUCCUGGGUUCAUCGGGAAUCGGAAAGACAGAGUUGGCUAAACAAGUGGCUCGUUACAUGCACAAAGAUAUCAAAAAGGGCUUCAUCCGGAUGGAUAUGUCCGAAUUCCAAGAAAAACACGAGGUUGCCAAGUUCAUCGGCUCACCACCAGGAUACGUCGGACACGAGGAAGGAGGUCAGCUGACCAAGCUGUUGAAGGCGUGCCCCAACGCCGUGGUCCUGUUUGACGAAGUGGAUAAGGCUCACCCCGACGUCCUCACCAUCAUGCUUCAGCUCUUUGAUGAGGGGCGUCUUACGGACGGCAAGGGUAAGACCAUAGAGUGUAAAGACGCAAUCUUCAUCAUGACGUCCAACGUUGCGAGUGACGAAAUUGCCCAGCAUGGGAUACAGCUGCGGCAGGAAGCGGAGGAGGUCACCCGCAGGAAGUUGGCAGCUAAUCUUGAGGAUGCACAGAAAGGUGAUGACAUCACAAUUUCCAGACAGUUUAAGGAGUCCGUCAUUCGACCAAUCCUUAAGGCACAUUUCCGGAGGGACGAGUUUCUAGGUCGGAUCAAUGAAAUUGUCUACUUCCUGCCAUUUUGUCACUCUGAACUGCUCCAGCUGGUCAGCAAGGAGCUCCACUUCUGGGCUAAGAAGGCCAAGCAACGCCAUGACAUCACCCUUCAGUGGGAUCGGCCCGUCCUGGACCUGUUGGCGGACGGUUACAACCUACAUUACGGAGCACGCUCCAUUAAGCAUGAGGUGGAGCGGCGUGUGGUGAACCAACUGGCGGCGGCCUACGAGCAGGAGCUGCUGCCUAAAGGCUGCACCCUGCGACUUUCCGUCCAGUCCGACGGCCACGAGGAGCGCGGCGCCUCCGGCUUGCGCCUGGAGGUGGUCGGGGAGGACAGCUCGGCAAGGACGCUGGACAUUCGCCCUCCGCUCAGUCCUGAACACUAAAAUGGUUGGGAAGGUCUUGUCACAUAGCUCACGUCACUGCCUGGCGUUUCACAACACAUGUACAGUCGUACCUUGACGCACGAGUGCCACAAUGUAGGGUUGUUUUUUUUUUUUUUCCUUUUGUCACAAGCAAAAAUUUGAAUUACAAGUGAGCACUGAAUAGGCCACACCCCCUCUGACUAAUCCAUCCUAUCUUGAAUCGAAAUUCUACUGAAUCACACUGAAUCAAUUGUUCCAUUUAAAUAUAAACUGGUUUGCAUGUGUGAUGAGAUCUUUUGUCACAGUCACUCUUGAACAUUUUGCCAUUUAUUGAUCAGGAUGUUCAAAGACACUCACUUGGCCGCAACCCUUGAAGGCGCAAGAGUAGUAAUUAAUUACACGAUGUUUUUUUUGUUUUGUUUUGUUUUUUAUAUUUUAGGUUCUUUAACAAUGUGGUGCUAUUUUUUUUACUUAAAAAAAAUGUGUGUUUAGGGGUUGGAACUGAUCAAUGGCAUUUCAAAUAGGGAAAAUCGGAUUAGCUUUGUGACGAAAUGACUUGAGGUGAAGUCAAGGUACCGCUGUACAAGCAAAUAGAGGAGGAAACUCAUCAUUUAGAGCAGAGUUGUGUAGUAGCGCUUCAUUCAUGUCGUUAAUGUGAAAUCUCAGAUGCCACGUUCACAGCUCUUACGCCGCAGCCAUGAUUAAAAUGUUUAUAAGAUUCAAGAAGACGAUUCUAUUUAUCACAAAUGUGUGCUUAGUUGCAGGCAAAGCCGAGGUUGUAGAAGCUGUGAGGAAAAAUAACUGGAUGAUGACUAUUAUCUCAUUGGAUGAUGAUACCAGGAUUGUUUUUGAAAAAACAGGAAGGUUUAGCUGCCUGUUGUUCACUUCCAUGAACAUCCAAUUGAAUGAAAUCUAGUUAAUUUAUUGCUGUGUAGCGUGAAUUGCUCCCGAUUAUGCAUGCUAAUUGUGAGGACUUAUGUCCACAUUAGAGUAGAAUAUUCCCACAAAUUGAUGGAUCAUGAAUGUUUGAUCAAGUGAGAUGCAAUGGAGCUACAUUUGUCACAUUCAUGUGCACCAGCCGCCACGCUGGAAAUAAAAGUCAGCACAACAAAAAGGAAA